CCCGCCGCCGCAGCACCAGCACCAGCCCCGUCGCCAGCUCGUCUUCUUCAAGGGCACUUUGCGGAGAAGCCAAGAACGUUGUUUCGCCGUUUUCUAAGUCAAAGACAACACUUCCACACCAUGAGUGCCUACAAAAUUGUUAUGGUGAGGCAUGGUGAGAGCGAAUGGAAUCAGAAGAACUUGUUCUGCGGCUGGUAUGAUGCAAACCUCAGCCCCAAGGGUGAAGAGGAAGCUGUCAGCGCUGGCAAAGCUCUGAAAGAGAGUGGCUACCAAUUUGACAUAGCUCAUACAUCCGUUUUAACUCGUGCCCAGAAAACAUUGGCAGCCAUUCUUCAGGGCAUUGGCCAGUCUGAUUUACCUGUCGAAAAAUCAUGGCGUUUGAAUGAGCGUCACUAUGGUGGUCUGACAGGCUUAAAUAAAUCUGAAACAGCUGCCAAGUAUGGAGAGGAACAGGUCCAAAUCUGGCGACGCAGCUUUGACAUUCCACCACCUCCUAUGGAAGCUGAUCACCCAUACUAUGAAACCAUUGUCAAAGAUGCCCGUUAUGCCAACGGCCCCUCUGAAGCUGAGUUCCCUAAGUUUGAGAGUCUCAAACUGACCAUUCAGCGCACCCUGCCCUAUUGGAAUGAUGUUAUCAUUCCUCAACUGAAGGCUGGCAAGAAGAUCAUCAUUGCCGCCCAUGGAAACAGUUUGCGUGGCAUUGUCAAACACCUCGACAAUAUGAGUGACGAGGCUAUUAUGGGUCUGAACCUUCCCACUGGCAUUCCAUUUGUAUAUGAGCUUGACAAGGACUUCAAACCAGUCGUAUCAAUGAAGUUCUUGGGUGAUGAAGAAACUGUGAAGAAGGCUAUGGAGGCUGUGGCUUCUCAAGGAAAAGCAAAGUAAAGUUCGACAGGAAAUGUGCUUCUCUUAUAAUCCUUUUAAAAAAUAGGAUCACCAAAGUUUUUAUUUUUAAUCCCUUGUUUCAAUUCAAAGUGAUGUAAUUUAAUUAUUUAAUUUUCCUGCCAUGGAAAGGGAGAUGAGUGCUGUGCACUUAGCCUUCUCACUCAAGAGAAAUUGUUAUACAUGCUGGUUUCAUGUGCAGUCAAAUAAAUGACCUGAACUAUUUAA